AGGAAAUUAAAGAGGUCCAGCGCAUUCAAAUUGUAACUUGAAUUAUAAGAAUAGUCAUACAAUACCUGUAAUUUUUCACAAUUUAUCCGGAUAUGACAGUCAUUUCAUAAUUAAAGCUUUAAGCGUAGAAAUAAAAGGUAAUAUUUCUUUAUUGCCGGUUAAUAAAGAGAAGUAUAUUUCAUUCACAAAAUAUAUAGAAAAAACUAAUGUAAGUUUUAGAUUUUUAGAUUCUUUUCGUUUUAUGGCUAGCAGCUUAGAUAAAUUAUCAUCUUAUUUAGAAAAGAAACAAAAAAUUAUCACAAGGAAGUAUUACCAAAAUGAUGAAGAAUUUGAAUUAGUUCAGCGUAAGGGAGUUUUUCCGUAUGAAUAUCUAGACUGUUGGGAAAAAUUACAAGAUAUUAAAUUACCACCUCGAGAAUGUUUUUAUAGUUCAAUUUAUGAUUGUAACAUUUCUCAAACGGAAUACGAUCAUGCAUGUAAUGUGUGGAAGACAUUCAAAAUUAAUAAUUUGCAAGAGUAUGCGGAAUUAUAUCUAAAAACAGAUGUGCUAUUGCUUGCUGAUAUAUUUGAAAAUUUUAGAUCAACAUGUUGGACAACAUAUAAAUUAGAUAGUUUACAUUAUUAUACUGCACCAGGUCUUGCUUUUGAUAGUAUGUUAAAAAUAACAGAAAUUGAAUUAGAACUAUUAACCGAUAUAGAUAUGAUAAUGUUUAUAGAACGAGGUAUAAGAGGGGGAAUAUCACAAUGUUGUAAUCGCUACGGAAAAGCAAACAAUAAAUAUAUGGUAGAUGAAUUUAAUCCUAACGAACCUACAUCAUAUUUAAUGUAUUACGACGUAAACAAUUUGUAUGGUUAUGCAAUGAGUUUUCCACUACCUGAAGGAAAAUUUGAAUGGGUCCAUGACAUUUACUCAAUUAAUAUUGAUGACAUUAAUGAUAAUAAUGAAUACGGUUACAUAUUUGAAGUCGAUAUACAUUAUCCAGAUGCAUUACACGAAACACACAAAGAUUUACCGUUACUUCCUGAACAUUUAGUCCCACCUACAUCUAGCUCAAAGACACCUAAACUGUUAACAACACUUUUUGAUAAGAAAAAAUAUAUCAUUCACUAUAAAAAUUUAAAACAAGCAUUAAGCUUAGGUAUUAAACUUGAAAAAAUU